AGUUAGCAUGUCGAAACGGAGAAAGGAAACCGGUGUGUUUAUCUUCAACGCCCGGUUCUUUUAAGCAUGAGAAGUCGCUUUGAUCCUGCUGUUGCUGUUGCCUCUUUCUUGGUUUCAAUUGAGCGUACCCUACUGCUUUGACAAAUCCCAGAUAAUAUUGCUAAUUGGUUUACAACAACAUGGCGAGCCGUAAACGAGACUUGGCGACAGCUAUGAGCCCUGGAGAUUGUUUCCAAACACCGGAGAAGAAAGUGUCAGUAGACCAAAUGUCAGAUUUGGACGUGUCCCAAUGGGGAAUAGAAGAAACGUGCCUGUACCUACGAGAAGAAGGUCUUGGAGAGUGGGAAACUGUAUUCAGAAGACAGAAAAUUACUGGUGUCGUGCUGAGAUACAUCAAGAAGGAUGACCUGGAAAAGAUGGGCAUAAAGCCUCUUGGUGACCAACUGCGAAUCCUGCACAGCCUGAGGAAGUUGUGGCACUUAGAGGAGGGCCCUCAAACAAAUAAGGUGUUUAAUGAUCCCAUCCAUGGGCACGUGGAGUUGCACCCACUUCUUGUCAAAAUCAUUGACACGCCUCAGUUCCAGAGACUCCGAAAUAUCAAGCAGUUGGGAGGGACCUACUUUGUUUUCCCUGGAGCCUCCCACAACCGCUUUGAGCAUUCCAUCGGAGUGGGUUACUUGGCAGGACACCUUGUGAAAGCACUGAAUGAGAGGCAGCCAGAACUUCUCAUUUCCCAGAGAGACAUUCUUUGUGUGCAGAUUGCCGGGCUCUGUCAUGAUCUUGGACAUGGGCCUUUUUCACACAUGUUCGAUGCUAAAUUCAUCCCCAAAGCACGUCCUAAUAUCUCCUGGAAGCAUGAGAAAGCAUCACUUGACAUGUUUGACCACCUGAUAACCAAAAAUGUGCUGGAGCCACUGAUGGAACAACAUGGCUUGGUUCUGCCAGAGGAUCUGGUCUUCAUCAAGGAGCUGAUUGCAGGACCUCUGGACACAAAUACAGCCGAGCAGUGGUCCUAUAAAGGCCGUUCAAAGGAUAAGUCUUUCCUCUAUGAAAUUGUGGCCAAUAAAAGAAAUGGCAUUGACAUGGACAAAUGGGACUACUUUGCCAGGGACUGUUACAAUCUGGGAAUCCAGAACAACUCGGACUACCGUCGCUACCUCAAAUUUGCGAGGGUGUGUGAGGUUGAUGGAGAGAAGCUCAUCUGCACUCGUGAUAAGGAAGUAGGCAAUCUCUAUGAUAUGUUCUACACCCGUAACUGUCUCCAUCAGAGAGCCUACCAACACAGAGUGGGAAACAUCAUAGAAACCAUGAUCACUGAGGCCUUUUUGAAGGCCGAUAAGCACAUUCAAGUCCAAGGCAAAGACGGAAAGAUGUUCACGCUGUCCACGGCCAUAGAUGACAUGGAGGCCUACACAAAGCUGACAGAUAAUGUAUUUGAACAAAUACUGCACUCAUCAAAGCCAGAGCUGGCUGAGGCACGGGAGAUUCUACAAAACAUUCUUUUACGGCGCCUCUACAAGUAUUUGGGUCGAACCCAGCCCGAGGACAGCAAAUCCCUGAAAGUCACCCAGAAAAAACUUCAUGACUGGGAGGCGGACCUGGCUAAUUCAGUCCCUAAGACUGGUCCCCUUGGUGUCAAUCUACGUCCUGAAGACUUCCUAGUUACUGUCAUUAAAAUGAACUAUGGGAUGGAUAAGGGGAACCCAAUUGACAAUAUGCGUUUCUAUUGCAAGACUGACCCCACCAAAGCCAUUCCGAUAUACAAGGAUCAGGUGUCCAAGUUUCUGCCUCCGCAGUUUGAAGAGGAAGUGAUCAGAGUUUACUAUAAGAAAAUGGAUGAAGAUGGCCUGUCCGCAGCCAAGAAGCACUUUGUUCAGUGGUGCAUAAACAACAACUUCACAAAACCUCCGGAUGGAGAUGUAAUUGCACCUGAGCUGACUCCACUGAAAGCAAGCUGGCACUGCAGAAAAGAAGCAAGGGAUGAUGAUGAAGAUUCGGGAUGUAGAAAGGGGGUCAAGUCUCUUUUUAAGUAGUAGGACCGUUGUUUGUAAUUUUGACCUAAUGGUGAGUCAAAAUACGGCUUUAAGGGGUAAGCUCUAAAAAUAUAAUCAUUCAGUUAUCACCCUAAAACAUUUGUUUCCCUAAAGUGAAUUCAUGUUGUUAUACUCAGGGGUUUUAAUCAAAUUGCAAACUCGGCUACAACUUGGUUUUGUUUUUAUCCUUUUAGCCAGGGUUUUAGUUUUUUUAGGUUUUGUUCCUUUGGGAUCAGUUAGUUUCACACUUGUGUGAAACAUGGACAACCAGAAAUGGCCUGUUUAAAACAAAAAACAAAACAAAAAAGAUGUUUUUACAACAGCGGUGACAGAGAAUCCAUUCUUUCAAAUUAUUGCACAGCCUCAGCAUACAGUGCAAAUGUUAGAAUUGGUCAUGUCUCCUAUUAUUAUCAAGUAGUUAUUUGUGUUGGUGUGUGCUUUUUAUGCUUGCAUCUGUCUUGAUUUGAAAAUUGGUGUGCAAUUAUUUCAUCUCGGUUGUUGUGGAUAUUUUUUCCUCUAGCAAAAACUAGUUUAACUACAUUGCAUUUAUGUAAACUUAAAUUAUUUUCAACAGAUUUUUUUUUCUUAUCUCUCAAUAUGUAAUCCCUGGUUUGAAGAAGAAAAAAAAGCAUAUAUGAAAACCAGUGGUGGUAUUUGAAG